ACAGUCUCCGCACAUGGAAAGGCGAACCAUUUUGGCUGAGCGCUAAAGCCAGUGUUUCUAGCAGCGCUCAGUCUCCAGUCGCGGUCUACGACGACUCCGCCGGUCUGGUUCACUCCACGGAUAUUUUUUCCGUCACUGGCUUCAACCGGCCCUGUCUUUAUCGAUCAUUUGUUGGAUUGCAGAUCGUCACGUUUAUUUUUUUUAUUUUGAUACUGGUUUGGAGAAAUAGUUUCUCCUCUUAUCCAGGGCGAUGGAAAAAAUGUCCAGACCUAUUCCUAUCAACUCAACUUUCCUACCUCCGACCCAUGGCGUACUCAAAUCCCUGUUGGAAAAUCCGAUGAAGCUGCCAUUCCACCACGACGAAGGCUUCGGCAAGGAGAAGGAGAAAGAGAAGAAGCUUGAGGAGGAUGGCAGCGGUAUCAAUGCCCCACAGUCGGCCUUCCUGGGGCCCACGCUGUGGGACAAGACCCUGCCCUACGAUGGGGACAAUUUCCAGCUGGAGUAUAUGGACCUGGAGGAGUUCCUCUCCGAAAACGGCAUCCCAGCCAACAGCAAUCAGAGCGACCAAAGCCAGCAGGCCCAGCCACAGCCACAGCCACAGCCCCAGCCCCAGCCGCCACAGCAGGCCCAGCUGCCCCCCCAGCCGCAGGGCACCCCCUCAGGCUCUCCCGCCCCCACCGUGGUGGAUCUGAGUAGCCGUGCCACCCCCUCAGCCCACCCUGCCAUGGUGCCCCAGAACUGCCUGCAGAGCCCGCCAAGAUCAGCUCUGCCCUCAGCCCGCAACACCCCCAGCCCCAUCGACCCAGAGUCCAUCCAGGUGCCCGUGGGCUACGAGCCGGACCCCGCAGACCUCGCCCUCUCCAGCGUGCCCGGACAGGAGAUGUUCGACCCCCGCAAGCGCAAGUUCUCCGCCGAGGAGCUCAAACCCCAGCCCAUGAUCAAGAAAGCACGCAAGGUCUUCAUUCCCGAGGAUCUGAAGGAUGACAGGUACUGGGCGCGGCGUAGGAAGAACAACGUGGCGGCCAAGCGUUCGCGUGACGCGCGGCGUCUGAAGGAGAACCAGAUCGCCAUCCGGGCGUCAUUCCUGGAGAAGGAGAACGCCGCGCUUCGCAUGGAGGUGGCCGACCUACGCAAGGAGCUGGGCCGCUGCAAGAACGUCCUGUCCAAAUACGAGACCCGCCACGGGCCCCUGUGAGCAGGAGCCUGCAUUAUAAUGACCCACCUCCACCACCACCACCCCCCAUCCUCUAGCCUCAGCCCUACCUAAACACCCAUCACCACCUGGCUAUCACCAACGACUUUGCCCCUGGACACCUACCUACCUACCUACCUACCUACCUAGCUUUCCUCAUACCGCCAACCCCCACAGGCCCUCUUCUAAACAUGGGCUGCUCUGUCAUGCCCCUGGUGUCCCCCAAAACCAUCACCAUCCACUUGCCCCCUAUGUGUACACCCACACCACCAGCCCCGGGGGGUGUGCAAAGGACUAUGCCCGGCCGGCCCAAGUGGAGAAGUUAGAGGGGGAGCGGGGCACGGACGCUCCGUCUACAGCCCCCUCCUUGUCGUCGUCAUCGUCGUCGUGUGUGGACCUUCUCUUCUCUGUCCAAAAUGGAUUCUUCAUUUAGGAGUUGACGUACUCUUUUUGUGUUGACACAUACUUUUUUUCUCUCCUUUUUAGUUGUUGUUCCCUCCUUGAUUUCCUUAAUGAAGUCACAUGUCGUUUUUCCCGUUGACCUCUCUGCCCACCUCCCCGUGUACAUAGAUAUAUUACUUGCAAAGAGGAUGUAUUUUUUUCUCCUAGUUUUUUUUUUUUUUCCGUUGUUGUUAGUUAUUUUUCUUUUUUUUCCUUUUACUCUGUAGCCACCUGAUGGUUGUUGAGCUGAACGUCAGUGUGGUUUCUGCUGUUGAUACCUUCCCCAUCACUCCCCAAGCCACCUCCAAAUCCCAUCCCCUCUCCCGUCCAUUCUACAGUCUCGUCUUUCGCACACAGAACUGAGCGCUCGUCUCCUCCUCCUGUCUCACUCGUGUCAUUUCCACAAUCCACAAGAGCAGCUUCUGGAGAGAUAUAUGUAUAUAUAUGUAUAUGUAUAUUCUCCUCCUCCUCCUCCUCCUCCUCCUCCUCCUCCUCCUCCUCCUCCUUGUUUUUCUCUCGAAUUUAUCUCCUUUCACUCAGGUCUAUCGUCUUCUUUUUUGUCAUCCCUGAUUUUGUCCUUGAGCUUUUUGUUCCCUGAAAGCAGAAGUCUGUCUGCUGUAGCUGGGCAGGGCGUGACGUACAGUAUGUAAAAGUGAUUUUUAAGAUAAAUGUAGCUGUCGCUGUGUAUCCCACCACCCUCUUUUCCUCCAUUGUUUCUCUGUAUUUAAGUGUAGCCAUGUAAACACUAAGCUAGCUUCAAAAUAGAUAUUUUUUCAUGCAUCCCAUUUAUUGUUUUUGUUAGUACUUACCUCGUCAACCCCCACCACCCAUAAAUAAUAACUAUGAUAUGUGCUGAGAGUUUUUCGCUGUUGGUGUGAGUGGGGUAAGCCGCCGCGUUGUUGUCACUGCAUCACGGAGCAAUAAUACCUUAGCCUGCUGUCCUGCAUCCUGAUGGUGCGAUGAUGACACUUUGGAGAACAGCCGCCAAUCUUUUCCCUCUUCGCCUCUUUCACCUCAUCUCUGUUUCCUUCCUUCCUUUCUCACAUGCACAUUAGAUGACUGUUUGUUUGUUUUGCUGUUGGCUUGGUCGUCGUUUCGUGAAUCAGCUUCCUCUCUGUUAAAGGAGGGGAAGCGAGACGUCCCUCCCUUCACACAAUGCUGAGUGCUUCUUCGGUUAGGACGGAGAAGCCCCCUCUGCUACUCAACCACCCAUCCAUCCAUCCAUCCACCCACCCGCUCGCCCCCCACCCAGCCAUCGUCUACUUCCACUCACCUCUGCACUAAAGCGUGUCUCACAAUCUGACCCUGUGGGAUCUUUUCUUACUCCUGCUGAGUGUUCUCCGUGUCCUUUCUGCUGCCCGCUGUAUCUAUCUUCUGGACCUGCUGCCUCCUAUCCUUCUCCUGUCUCUCUACCCUUACAAACCCAACCCCACAAACUUUUCAGCGAGAGAGUGAGAGAGAGAGAGAGAGAGAGAAAACAAUGUAACUGUUAAUUGAUAUUCAUUCUUAUUACUAUUGUUGUUGUUAUUGUAAUAAUGAUUAUUAUUACUAUUAUCAUUAUUGGUUCAAUGAAUAACUCAGCAUGAUUUUCAGAAGCUCCUAACUGAAACAAAAUUGUGAAAUCUUUUUUUGUUUUGUUUUGUUAUUUGGACUCUCAUUUCAUUUUUUUUUUUUAAUUCCUGAGGUUUUAUUUUCCUCUGAGCAUGUGUAAGGAGAGUGGUUCUGUCAAUCAGUACAACAGAUAUACAUAGUCCUCUUUUAUUUCUCCUCUUCAUGUUUGUAGCUAUAUGUUUGCCUUCUUUGAAGAUGGCUGUAUGAAUGUAUUGAAUGUAAAAGAUGUUUUUAAAAGAAGCGUUAGUUGGAUGGUGUUGUCUAAUACUGUGGUUAACCCAAUUCAUUUGUUUACUACAGACCAAAACAUACAGCACAGAUUUAAAGUAUAUUGGUUAUCAGAGAUUUAAUGUUUAUAUAAAAACUAUUCUAUAAGUUGUUCUUUUUUGUACAGUAUUUUUCCUAUCCAAUACUGGCUACAUAUUUUAAAGGCACAAAAAUCUAGAAUAUUAUAAAAGAAAAGUAUAUAUAUAUAUAUGAAAUGACAUAUAUAAAAUAUAUAUAUGCGUUAUACAAAAGAUGUGAUUCAGUGUUUUGAUAUUACUUUUUUGCCAUGGUAGACACAUAUACUGAGAAGCUAGGUGCUCCUGCAGCUAAACACAUGGGCAUUAUUGUUGACACUCCUGGUCCCUGGUAAUGGGUUGAAUGGAUGCGAGGCGCCUUUUGGCUCCUCCUCCUGUGGUCUCGGGAACUGUAACAUGUACAGCUCAAGUUUCCCCUCUGCCAUGGAAUAAAACAAAACAAGUGUGGAUAGCCACGAGGAUGGAGACCAUUCUUUGCAUCCUCGUCUCCCCAUAGAAAAGCACGUAGGUCAGCAGUGUUGUGGGUUUUAAGCAACUUUCCACGAGUCAGGUACCUAAAUACGCCACUAGGUGUCAGUCUUACACAGUUCGCGCCUCAGUAGAAACUGAAGCAGGCCCAAGUACAGGGUCUUAGUUUAAUUGCCCAGGCCCCUCACUUAUAGAAAUGAGCCAUGUUUGUUAUAUACUGUUUUGCAAUGUUAAGGGUGUGUACAGCUUUAUCUGUAGAUAUUAUGGAAUGAAGGGAUGGAAUGCAACCAGGGCAACAAGUUUAACGUUUUAGUGUAGUUUUUCUCUGGGAAGCGGAAGAAUGUGCCAACAUGCAGCGUUAGGCCACAGUGACAUGAUAUAUCUGUGGCUGCUACUUGCAAGUUGUGGUGACUUCUAAAAAAAAGGUUAAUACAGCUUUAGAUUUAGUUCUUUAUUGUGCCCACCAAAAAGGUAUUCUAAUGCAACUUGGCCACAUCUCUGUGAUGAGUAGAUGAGAACCUAGUAUCACAGAUGGCAAAUUGUUGUUAGAUAAUACAUGCACAUGAUGGCCUCUGUCAGGAGGAAACAAAAGCCAAUAUUGUCUCACUGGUCCCCCCCAUCCCCCAUUUUUACCUCUUAAUGGAAUUAAGUCCACUACCUCACGCCCCUUGAUAAAAGAGAUAAAAUAAAAAUAGCAAUUAUUUUAACUGUAUUCCAGUGCCUUCAAUUCACAAGCCGUUCCCUCGACAGCCGGCAUUGUUUUAAAUUCAAUUCAACUCACCAAAACUGAAACAAGACUCACAACAAGGGCUCCCCCCUCACCAUCACGAGCAUAUAAGAUUCAUUUCUUUAGUAAGAAUUAAGACACACAGACAUGGGUAGAUGACCAUUGUAUUAACGGCAACACCAAGGAGACUGUUUGUCGCAGGGGAGGGUGAACUAGAAUCAUAGAGGUGUAUUUUUUGUGAUAUGGAAUGGAGGCAUAAGCAUAUUUAUGCAGUUUCAGCCCUCAGCCUCUCCCAUACUCUCUGUAAUAUAUAGUGUUGAAUAAACUAUUUCCAGUUUCUA